CUUAUAAUGGAAUAUGUCGGGCUUCCAAUUGCCUGUAAUUAUUCCCGGAGCGUCCGCAUCCAUUUUCGGUGUCGUUCAAUGGGACUGUGAAGCAAUUCGCCGCUUUUUAAACUUUUGCAACAAAAAGGCCAUAAUGGAUUUCAAAUAUGUUUCUGACACUUCUCAGUAGCUUACUCUCGUGAGGCUGAUUGCUUGGUUUUUAGACCUCGUCACCUUGGUGGUGGAGUUGGAACGAUAUAUUUAGCCUAUUGCGUUUGGGGUAUUGCCAUUGGAGAAAGAGAAGACUCAAACGGAACAUCAAAUUGGAUUGCCAGGUUCCCCGGAAGAUGCGGCUGUGAGCUUGCUCAGAGUGCUGAUCCUGUGGGUCUUCACCUGAUCGUGACCAUGGGGAUAUGGCCGGGUGGUGUCCGGGCCUGCAUUGCAGGCCAGGAGAACUGCUCUCCCAACAAUGAAUCCAAGGACUACUGUUACUCAGCCCGAAUCCGCAGCACCGUGCUUCAGGGCCUACCCUUUGGAGGCGUCCCCACAGUCCUUGCGCUGGACUUCAUGUGCUUCCUGGUGCUUCUAUUUGUCUUCUCAAUAUUGCGGAAAGUGGCCUGGGAUUAUGGACGCUUGGCAUUGGUGACAGACGCUGACAGCCGGAGAAGAGAAAAGGGUAACUAUGACACACUGAGAGCAAGUAAUACAAGUGUUGCCUCAGCUCUGCAUUCUGAAGCGCCAGACCGCUAUGAACGUCUCACUUCAGUCUCCAGCUCUGUCGACUUCGAUCAACGGGAUAACGGCUUCUGUUCCUGGUUAACUGCCAUCUUCAGAAUAAAGGACGAGGAGAUCCGGGAGAAGUGUGGUGAGGACGCCGUGCACUACCUUUCCUUCCAGCGCCACAUCAUCGGCCAGCUUGUGGUUGUUGGGGUUCUGUCUGUGGGCAUCGUCCUGCCGGUCAACUUUUCUGGAGACCUUUUGGAAAAUAAUCCAUACAACUUUGGGCGGACCACUAUAGCAAACCUGAAGUCUGGGACUAACCUCUUGUGGCUCCACACUUCGUUUGCAUUCAUAUACCUGCUUCUGACUGUGUACAGCAUGAGACGACACACUUCCAAGAUGCAUUACAAGGAGGACGACCUGGUGAAACGUACUUUAUUUAUCAAUGGGAUCUCCAAAUAUGCCGAAGAGGUCCACAUAAAACAACACUUUGAACAAGCCUAUGAGAACUGCACUGUUCUGGAUGCUCGAAUCUGCUACAACGUAGCCAAACUCAUGUCCCUGAAUGCUGAGAGGAAGAAGACAGAGCGCAGUUUAAAGUUCUUCACUGAUCUCAUGGCCAAAGAGCACAUGCCCACCAUGAUCAACCCCAAACCCUGUGGACACCUCUGCUGCUGUGUCAUCAAAGGCUGUGAGCAGGAAGAGGCGGUGAGCUUCUAUACGAAGCGGGAGGCCAAGCUGAAGGAGGACUACAGAAAGGAGAAAGAGAAGGUCAACACCAAACCUCUUGGCAUGGCGUUCGUCACUUUCCAGAAUGAGGCCAUGACCGCAAUAAUCCUAAAGGACUUCAAUGCCUGCCAAUGCCAUGGCUGCACUUGUCGCCAAGAGCCCAAGUCAUCCCAGUUCGGUGAAAGUCUCCACGUCUACAACUGGAGUGUGAGCUAUGCUCCUGACCCUCAGAACGUGCGCUGGGAGCACUUAUCAUUGGGGGGGAUUUCCUGGUGGAUUCGCUGCUUCAUCAUCAACUGCAUCCUUUUCCUCCUGCUCUUCUUUCUCACCACGCCUGCCAUCAUUAUCUCCACGAUGGACAAGUUUAACGUCACCAAGCCUGUGGAGUAUCUCAAUAACCCCAUCAUCACCCAGUUUUUCCCCACUUUGCUCCUGUGGGCUUUCUCUGCCCUGCUGCCGACCAUUGUCUACUACUCUGCUUUCUUCGAGAAACACUGGACGAGAUCAGGGGAGAACCGGACCACCAUGCACAAGUGCUACACCUUCCUCGUCUUCAUGGUCCUCUUGCUGCCUUCACUGGGUCUUAGCAGUUUGGAUGUCUUCUUCCGCUGGCUGUUUGAUAAGAAAUUCCUUGCUGACGCCACUGUCAGAUUUGAGUGUGUCUUCCUCCCUGACAACGGAGCCUUCUUCGUCAACUAUGUCAUCGCCUCAGCGUUUAUCGGUAACGCCAUGGACCUGCUGCGGAUUCCAGGCCUGCUCAUGUAUAUGAUCCGACUGUCCCUGGCCCGUUCCUCUGCAGAGAGGCGCAACGUAAAGAGGCAUCAAGCAUUUGAAUUCCAGUUUGGAGCGGCCUACGCCUGGAUGAUGUCAGUCUUCACUGUAGUUAUGACAUACAGCAUCACCUGUCCAAUCAUCGUCCCCUUUGGUCUGAUGUACAUGCUGCUGAAGCACCUGGUGGAUAGAUACAACAUGUAUUACGCUUACCUUCCCUCGAAACUGGACAAGAAAAUCCACUCCGGUGCUGUCAAUCAGGUGGUGGCAGCUCCCAUCCUCUGUCUCUUUUGGCUGCUAUUCUUUUCCACCAUGCGCACGGGCUUUGUGACCCCCACGUCCGUGUUCACUUUGGUGGUCCUAAUCAUCACCAUUGUGGUGUGCCUGUCGCACGUCUGCUUCGGCCACUUCAAGUACCUCAGCGCUCACAACUACAAGAUUGACACCAAGGAAACAGAUGUUGCCGUGGUUGAAAAUGGCCGCCCACCACUCCGCACCUUCUACGCUCCUUCUACUAAGUCUCAGCAACCAACGUACAUUGCCCAGGUCUUACGGGACCCAAUCACGGAUGACGCUUGCACAGGUAGUGGGGAGGAAGAUCGGGGGUCCUCACAGGAUGAGGAGAUUAUCAACACUGGAAAUAGUCUCAAUGAAGCCGAUUUCCAGUCUGGUGAAGACAGCCUCAUAGCCAACGAGGUCCACCAGUAACACUACCAGCUGAGAAGGGGAAAGAGCGAAAGAUGGUGAGAGAGGGAUUUUGGAGAGGAUGAAUGCCAGACACAAACAAACCACCAACUUCACUUUGUAUUCUAAAACAAUCCGCAGUCAUUCCUCCCCCAUGCUCACCCACUCUGUCACUUUUUUUUUGGUUGUGCCUCUGCACAUUGGCAUUACCAGAAAAUGCCACACACACACGGUGUAAUUGUCUAAUUUGGAGCUCGUCUGUACGGAUUCUUCAAUGUCCCCUCUCAGUGUAUUUUGAUCACCUAUCUGCGCGAUAUGAAUCUGGGCGUUGACGCCCAUUGUUUUAUUUAUUUAUCUACUGGAGUCCUACACUUUUAUGGAGAUUCUAUGGAGCACAAGUCCAACACUGGUUUUCAUCAAACCCCAAAAGAUGUAGUCCCAGGGAAAAAAACAUACAAUAGCCUAGACUUUGUACUAAUCCCAAAAUAUACCAACCCAUUUUUGUCUCUCUUAUUGGUAAGAGGGGGGUCAAAAUCGUGCCUGGUUUGAGUUUCUUUUCAUCCAUGUUUCCUCACUUGUGUGUCUAACUACUAAAUCCCCAUCAGGGUGGCUCAGGACUGGUGGAGAGGUCAGGAAAGUUAGGCUACAAGGUCUCCAAUGAAAUCAUGCUCCAAGCACAGGGGUUCAUUCAUUUUUAUGGGUCUACAGACUCGUACCCAAACUAAACUUGGUUCAUUCUUGUCAACGUGCAAAGCACCCUGCAUUAGGUCUUCUUUCUCAUAGUUUAUGACCAAAAUGACUUGCUUGUCCCUUUUUUCAUUGAUGUCUUCUGUUUGUCAUAAGAUAUUCAUAUGUCAUAAGAUACUCUGCCACUGAAAAUCCUAGUCAGUGGUUGGAGACACCAUCUUAACAUGACGUAUAAAGAGAUGAUGCAGUCGCUCGAGUUUGUAUUUUUUUUCUUGUUUUCUGUUUACUUCAUGUGUCUCACGUCACUGAAUGGGCAGUGCUGGAGGAUAUCAGGGCCAUGACAUCGGCCCUCUAUUGUGUCAUAAGACAUUCCAAAGACGGCUUUGAGUAUGACAUGCCAAACAGCCAACCUGCCAGGCUCCGCUCAGUUGGAUUGUGGUAUUUCUGGUGUGAUUUGUUGUCAUGACAUUUGUCUACAGUGAUGCCUUGUCACGUCACCUGGUCUCUGCUCCCCUCCAUCCUGUCCUUCUCAGUUUCCAACGGGUCAGACAUGGAUAGCUUGGUGACUCUUGCAGCCACUGACAUUGUGCAGUUUUUUUAUUUAUUUGUAUUUUUUUUUUUUUUAUUUUACCUCUACUACCUUAAACAUAUGAACAUCCACACCAGAAAUAGGAAGCAAAUGUUCUUGUCAGCGCAUAGUUCAGUUGUCAACUUCUACUGUGAGUUCUGUUCACCUUGAUCUUGAACAUUUGCACAAUCUUUCAAUAGUUUAUCUUGAGUUGUAGAUCCUCGGAAAAGCAGUGCUUUUGCACUUGAUGAUCUACCUUUUAAGCCUGGAGUUUUCAGCAGGCCUGUGAGAAGGUAUCUAUAUGGGUCCUGUCUGUGUUUAAGUGUGCACUAACAGUAGAUCAAAACAUGAGAACGCCAAACAAAGUUGCUAAGGAUUUAAACAUUAACAGACCCCCCUCCCUAUGUUCUUUAUUAUUCCUGAUUCUUGCAAUGUUUAUAUUUACUUACAGUUGAAAUUUGGAGAGGGGGGGGGGCACUGGGAGACAUGAAGAAACUGGUCUUGCCUCAAGUUGUACACUCUACCCUUAAAAUCCUACAAUCAGAAGUACGCUGAGGUGAGCUAAUGCAUCUCUGGAGGAGCCAAGUCCCAAUGAAUUAGCUGUUUUUCUAUGCUUCCUCUCAGAGGGAAUAGUAAUGAAGUAUAGAUGAACAAAAUGUAGCCUUAGUAAAGUAUUUUGCUCCUCAGGAGUCAUAAUUAUGUAAGUUAAUUUUUCAGAUAUACAGCACAAAUGAAUAGCGAUGCUUCCAUUUAUUUUUGUCACAUCAGUUUGGGUGCAGUGUGUUUUCAUGCACUUGGAUGCAAAGUGUCAUUAAGUUGUCUCUGAUUGAAGUGCAAUCAGUCAGAUGCCUGGUUGAGAACAUGACAUCAUGGGCUGGCCCUUUUGGCUUAGAUGUCGGCCAUCUUUGUUCAGUUAUACUCCUUUAAAUUGUGAUGACAUUUCAAAGCCAGUGUGCACUUGCUUUUCUAAAUGAACAUCAAGCACGAAACACAUGAAAAUACAAUCAAAUACUUCCAUAAAAGGCAUUAGGUAGAAACAAAUUAAUGCACAACUAUGUAUAUAAUUUCAUAUGUCUUAAAUUACCACAAUUUCAUGAAUUUGAUUUAUAUAAUCCAAAACAGAAAAAAGUGGAUAACAGAACAAAAGAGGAAAUAGAUGUCACUUUCCAAGAGUAAUAAAUCACUGGGUAAGUAUAAUCAAUAUACAGUAGUGAUGUCUCAUUCGCCCUAGUAGCUCCCUAAUACUGUUAAGUGGAGCAUUCUAAGUAUUGCUUUAUAAACCUAGCCAGUCCUUUCAGAUAUGCGAACACCAUAGGGAUAGGGCCAAAUGGAAGAGACUAGGGACCAAAAAUUGACCAAGUGUGGCUGCACUUGACUAGUCCAACCGAUGAGGUGCAGUGAUCGUGAAGGUCUGCUAGAGGUCACUGUAUAGCUGUGUUUUUGUAUUACUAUAAUUUAGUCAUUAGUUUUUGUAUUUCAUCUCUGUGCAAAAUGAUUUGUAAGAAACAAAGGACGUUUUACCAAUUUGCAUCAGGAACAUACAAGUGCGACAAUCAGCAAAGAAAUAGAACUAGAGCAGUUAAUGAAAUGUCUCAGGUGUACUUAAAAAAAAAAAUCUUUACAUCUUUUUGUUUUUUUUACAUUGAAUUAGUUGUUUUCAACUUUGAGCGUUUCGAUCUGUUGACGAAGCUAAUCUAUGAAAGCUGUGGCGAUUGGUAAUAUUCCAUCAGAGGAAAAAUGAAAACAUGUACCAUGGUUGUCUUGUUGUCUGCUUCCUCUGUAGACACACUGAAAUGACCAUUGUAUGGUGGUUUGUCCCUGUUUGAAAACCAUAGCUACAUGCUGGAUAUAUUGUCGCUUUUCUGUGUCUACUCUGGUCUGUAACUUCUGUAUCCCUUUAAGUGAGUGUGCACUAACACUCUGUUUAUGAUUUUAUGCACUCUUAACACAAGACUAACAACUAUCCAGUGAAAGUACAUUUUCCUGACACAAUAAGACAUAUUUUAAGAGACUUGCUUGCUAAUAGACAGUCUAUUUCUCAAUGGAAAUUAAGUUAUUUUACAGUGACACUAUUCUAUAGUGACAAAAAAGGCUUUGAGAUUCAGGUAAAUCGCAAAAGGAACUGUGUUCAGUGACACAGCCUAUUCCAGAUGUGAUACCGAUGUAUGUAUUAUAUUGAUAGCUGUGACAAUGCGGUUACAUUUAUUGUUGAUUUUUUUUUUUUUUAAUUCAUCAUGAUCUGAGUUUUUAUUUAAUUUUAUAUUUGUUGCUUAGGAUUUAAGUUGUGAAAAGAAGAAUGUGAUCUACAAAAUAAACAUGUCAAAUGCUCA